GAGGCUCAGGGCGUAUCGCGACGAGUGUAAGCCGGGGGUCUGUAGAAUCGUCAGCAGAGAGAUGUUGAAAUUCAAAUAUGGAGUACGGAACCCAUUGGAUGCCAGUGCCUCCGAUCCCAUCGCCAGUCGGGCCUCCAGGCUAAAUGCCUUCUUCCAGGGGAAACCGCCCCUCGUGACUCAACAGCAGCAGGCUGCUAUUUCCCGGGAAGGGAUGUUAGAUGCCCUCUUUGCUCUCUUCGAAGAGUGCAGCCAGCCCGCCCUGAUGAAGAUGAAGCAUGUGAGCAGCUUCGUCCGCAAGUACUCCGACACAAUAGCUGAAUUACGGGAGCUCCAGCCUUCAGUGAAAGACUUUGAAGUCCGAAGUCUUGUGGGUUGUGGUCACUUUGCUGAAGUGCAGGUGGUUAGAGAGAAGGCAACAGGGGACGUCUAUGCCAUGAAAAUCAUGAAGAAGAAGGCUUUGCUGGCCCAGGAGCAGGUUUCAUUUUUCGAGGAGGAGCGGAACAUAUUAUCUCGGAGCACGAGCCCUUGGAUCCCCCAAUUACAGUAUGCCUUUCAGGACAAAAAUAACCUUUACCUGGUCAUGGAAUAUCAGCCUGGAGGGGAUUUGCUGUCGCUUCUGAAUAGAUAUGAGGACCAAUUAGAUGAAAAUAUGAUUCAGUUUUACCUUGCUGAGCUGAUUUUGGCUGUUCACAGCGUGCAUCAGAUGGGAUACGUGCAUCGAGACAUCAAGCCUGAGAACAUCCUCAUUGACCGAACGGGACACAUCAAGCUGGUGGAUUUUGGAUCGGCUGCUAAAAUGAAUUCAAAUAAGGUGGAUGCCAAACUCCCCAUUGGGACCCCAGACUACAUGGCUCCCGAAGUGUUGACCAUGAUGAAUGAGGACCGGAGAGGCACCUAUGGCCUGGAAUGUGACUGGUGGUCCGUGGGAGUGGUCGCCUAUGAGAUGGUCUACGGGAGAACCCCAUUCACCGAGGGAACCUCCGCCCGCACCUUCAACAACAUCAUGAACUUCCAGCGGUUUUUGAAGUUUCCGGAUGACCCCAAAGUUAGCAGUGAGUUCCUUGAUCUGAUUCAGAGUUUGCUGUGUGGCCAGAAAGAGAGACUGAAGUUUGAGGGUCUCUGCUGCCACCCCUUCUUUGCCAGAACCGACUGGAAUAACCUUCGUAACUCUCCUCCCCCCUUCGUUCCCACCCUCAAGUCUGACGAUGACACCUCCAAUUUUGAUGAACCAGAGAAGAAUUCGUGGGUUUCAUCCUCUCCGUGCCAGCUGAGCCCCUCAGGUUUCUCGGGCGAAGAACUGCCGUUUGUGGGGUUUUCAUACAGCAAAGCCCUAGGGCUGCUUGGUAGAGCUGAGUCAGUUGUGUCGGGUCUGGACUCCCCUGCCAAGACUAGCUCCAUGGAAAAGAAACUUCUCAUCAAAAGCAAAGAGCUGCAAGACUCUCAGGACAAGUGUCACAAGAUGGAGCAGGAAAUGACCCGGUUACAUCGGAGAGUAUCAGAGGUGGAGGCUGUGCUUAGUCAGAAGGAGGUGGAACUGAAGGCCUCUGAGACUCAGAGAUCUCUCCUGGAGCAGGACCUUGCCACCUACAUCACAGAAUGCAGUAGUUUAAAGCGAAGUUUGGAGCAAGCCCGGAUGGAGGUAUCCCAGGAGGAUGACAAAGCGCUGCAGCUUCUCCACGACAUUCGAGAGCAGAGCCGGAAGCUCCAAGAGAUCAAGGAGCAGGAGUACCAGGCUCAGGUGGAGGAGAUGAGGCUGAUGAUGAGCCAGCUGGAAGAAGACCUCGUGUCGGCCCGGAGACGCAGCGAUCUCUACGAAUCUGAGCUGAGAGAGUCUCGGCUUGCCGCCGAGGAAUUCAAGCGGAAGGCGACCGAAUGUCAGCACAAACUGAUGAAGGCUAAGGACCAAGGGAAGCCUGAAGUGGGAGAAUAUUCCAAACUUGAGAAGAUCAAUGCUGAGCAGCAGCUGAAGAUCCAAGAGCUCCAGGAGAAGCUGGAAAAGGCUGUAAAAGCCAGCACAGAGGCCACGGAGCUCCUGCAGAACAUCCGCCAGGCAAAGGAGCGAGCCGAGCGGGAGCUGGAGAAGCUGCACAAUCGGGAAGACUCUUCCGAAGGCAUCAAAAAGAAGCUGGUAGAAGCCGAGGAACGCCGCCAUUCUCUGGAGAACAAGGUAAAGAGACUAGAGACCAUGGAGCGUAGAGAAAACAGACUGAAGGAUGACAUCCAGACAAAGUCCCAACAGAUCCAGCAGAUGGCUGAUAAAAUUCUGGAGCUGGAGGAGAAGCACCGGGAGGCUCAGGUGUCAGCCCAACACCUAGAAGUACACUUGAAACAGAAAGAGCAGCACUACGAGGAAAAGAUCAAAGUGUUGGACAAUCAGAUAAAGAAAGACCUGGCCGACAAGGAGAGCCUGGAGAACAUGAUGCAGAGACACGAAGAGGAGGCCCACGAGAAGGGCAAGAUCCUCAGCGAGCAGAAGGCGAUGAUCAACGCUAUGGAUUCCAAGAUCAGGUCCCUGGAGCAGAGGAUUGUGGAACUGUCUGAGGCCAACAAGCUUGCGGCCAACAGUAGUCUCUUCACGCAGAGGAACAUGAAGGCCCAGGAAGAGAUGAUUUCAGAACUCAGGCAGCAGAAGUUUUACCUGGAGACACAGGCCGGGAAACUGGAGGCCCAGAACCGAAAGCUGGAAGAGCAACUGGAGAAAAUCAGCCAUCAAGAUCACAGUGACAAGAGUCGGCUGCUGGAGCUGGAGACGAGGUUGAGGGAGGUCAGCCUGGAGCACGAGGAGCAGAAGCUGGAGCUGAAGCGCCAGCUCACGGAGCUGCAGCUGUCUCUGCAGGAGCGCGAGUCCCAGCUGACAGCCCUCCAGGCAGCCCGGGCGGCCCUGGAGAGCCAGCUCCGCCAGGCGAAGACGGAGCUGGAGGAGACGACGGCAGAAGCGGAGGAGGAGAUCCAGGCACUCACGGCACAUAGAGAUGAAAUCCAGCGCAAAUUUGAUGCUCUUCGCAACAGCUGCACUGUCAUCACUGACCUGGAGGAGCAGCUGAACCAGCUGACUGAGGACAACGCCGAACUCAACAACCAAAACUUCUACUUGUCCAAACAACUUGACGAGGCUUCUGGCGCCAACGAUGAGAUUGUGCAGCUGCGGAGCGAGGUGGACCAUCUCCGCCGUGAGAUCACAGAGAGGGAGAUGCAGCUCACCAGCCAGAAGCAAACGAUGGAGGCCCUGAAGACCACGUGCACCAUGCUGGAGGAGCAGGUCAUGGAUCUGGAGGCCCUGAAUGACGAGCUGCUGGAAAAAGAGCGGCAGUGGGAGGCCUGGAGGAGCGUCCUCGGGGACGAGAAGUCCCAGUUCGAGUGUCGCGUUCGAGAGCUGCAGAGGAUGCUGGACACCGAGAAGCAGAGCAGGGCGAGAGCCGAUCAGCGGAUCACUGAGUCUCGCCAGGUGGUAGAGCUGGCCGUGAAGGAACACAAGGCCGAGAUUCUCGCUCUGCAGCAGGCUCUCAAAGAACAGAAACUGAAGGCGGAGAGCCUGUCGGACAAGCUCAACGACCUGGAGAAGAAGCAUGCCAUGCUUGAGAUGAACGCCCGGAGCUUACAGCAGAAACUAGAGACAGAGCGGGAGCUCAAGCAGAGGCUUCUGGAGGAGCAAGCCAAGCUGCAGCAGCAGAUGGACCUGCAGAAGAACCACAUCUUCCGCCUGACGCAAGGGCUGCAGGAGGCGCUGGACAGGGCGGAUCUGCUGAAGACAGAAAGGAGCGACCUGGAGUAUCAGCUGGAAAACAUUCAGGUCCUCUAUUCCCAUGAGAAGGUGAAGAUGGAAGGCACUAUCUCUCAACAAACCAAACUCAUUGAUUUUUUGCAAGCCAAAAUGGACCAACCGGCUAAAAAGAAAAAGGUUCCUCUCCAGUACAAUGAACUGAAGCUGGCCCUGGAGAAGGAGAAGGCGCGCUGUGCAGAGCUGGAGGAAGCCCUUCAGAAGACCCGCAUCGAGCUCCGGUCUGCCCGGGAGGAAGCUGCCCACCGCAAAGCCACGGACCACCCACACCCGUCCACGCCAGCCACUGCGAGGCAGCAGAUUGCCAUGUCUGCCAUCGUACGGUCGCCCGAGCACCAACCCAGUGCCAUGAGCCUGCUCGCCCCGCCAUCCAGCCGCAGGAAGGAGUCAUCGACCCCAGAGGAAUUUAGUCGGCGUCUCAAGGAGCGCAUGCACCACAACAUCCCUCACCGAUUUCACGUGGGACUGAACAUGCGGGCCACCAAGUGCGCCGUGUGCCUGGAUACCGUGCACUUUGGACGCCAGGCAUCCAAAUGUCUCGAAUGUCAGGUGAUGUGCCAUCCCAAGUGCUCUACCUGCUUGCCGGCCACCUGUGGCCUGCCUGCCGAAUAUGCCACACACUUCACCGAGGCCUUCUGCCGGGACAAAAUGAACUCCCCGGGUCUCCAGAGCAAGGAGCCCAGCAGCGGCUUGCACCUGGAAGGGUGGAUGAAAGUGCCCAGGAAUAAUAAGCGAGGACAGCAAGGCUGGGACAGGAAGUACAUUGUUUUGGAGGGGUCAAAAGUCCUCAUCUAUGACAAUGAAGCCAGAGAAGCUGGACAGAGGCCGGUGGAAGAAUUUGAGCUGUGCCUUCCCGACGGGGACGUAUCUAUUCAUGGUGCCGUUGGUGCUUCUGAACUUGCAAAUACAGCCAAAGCAGAUGUCCCAUACAUACUGAAGAUGGAGUCUCACCCACAUACUACCUGCUGGCCUGGGAGGACCCUGUACUUGCUAGCACCCAGCUUUCCUGACAAGCAGCGCUGGGUCACCGCCUUAGAAUCUGUCGUCGCAGGUGGGAGAGUUUCUAGGGAAAAGGCAGAAGCUGAUGCUAAAUUACUUGGAAACUCUCUGUUGAAACUGGAAGGUGAUGACCGGCUUGACAUGAACUGUACCCUGCCCUUCAGCGACCAGGUGGUGCUGGUGGGCACCGAGGAAGGGCUCUAUGCACUGAAUGUCUUGAAAAACUCCUUAACCCACAUCCCAGGAAUUGGAUCGGUCUUCCAAAUUUACAUCAUCAAGGACCUGGAGAAGCUGCUUAUGAUAGCAGGGGAGGAGCGGGCCCUCUGUCUGGUGGAUGUGAAGAAAGUGAAGCAGUCCUUGGCACAGUCCCACCUUCCUGCCCAGCCCGACAUCUCCCCCAAUGUAUUUGAAGCCGUCAAAGGCUGUCACUUGUUUGCUGCUGGCAAGAUCGAGAAUAGCCUCUGCAUCUGUGCUGCCAUGCCAAGCAAAGUCGUCAUCCUCCGCUACAAUGACAACCUCAGCAAGUACUGCAUCCGGAAGGAGAUAGAGACCUCGGAACCCUGCAGCUGCAUCCACUUCACCAAUUACAGCAUCCUCAUCGGAACCAACAAAUUCUACGAGAUCGACAUGAAGCAGUACACGCUGGAGGAGUUCCUGGACAAGAAUGACCACUCUCUGGCUCCGGCUGUGUUCGCUUCCUCGUCCCACAGCUUUCCCGUCUCCAUCGUGCAGGCGAAUGGCGCCGGGCAGCGGGAGGAGUACCUGUUGUGCUUCCACGAAUUUGGGGUGUUCGUGGAUUCCUAUGGAAGACGUAGCCGCACAGACGAUCUCAAGUGGAGUCGCUUACCUCUGGCCUUUGCCUACAGAGAACCCUAUCUGUUUGUGACUCACUUCAACUCACUGGAAGUAAUUGAGAUCCAGGCACGUUCCUCCCUGGGGACCCCUGCCCGAGCCUAUCUGGAAAUCCCGAACCCGCGCUACCUGGGCCCCGCAAUUUCCUCCGGAGCGAUUUACCUGGCCUCCUCAUACCAGGACAAGUUAAGGGUCAUAUGCUGCAAAGGAAACCUUGUGAAGGAGUCUGGCACUGACCAGCACCGGGUGCCCUCCACCUCCCGCAGCAGCCCCAACAAGCGAGGCCCACCCACAUACAACGAGCACAUCACUAAACGCGUGGCCUCCAGUCCGGCGCCACCGGAGGGCCCCAGCCACCCCCGAGAGCCAAGCACACCCCACCGCUACCGAGACCGAGAGGGCCGGGCAGAGCUGCGCAGGGACAAGUCCCCGGGCCGUCCCCUGGAGCGGGAGAAGUCCCCAGGCCGGAUGCUCAGCACGAGGAGAGAGCGGUCCCCAGGGAGACUGUUUGAAGACAGCAGUAGGGGCCGCCUGCCUGCGGGAGCCGUGAGGACCCCACUGUCCCAGGUUAACAAGGUCUGGGACCAGUCUUCAGUAUAAGUCUCAACCAGAAAAACCACCUCCUCAUCUCAGUCUGCAGGAAAACACGGCACCCCGGGUCUCCGCUGCAGGGGACCCCAGCGCCCGUCUGCUCGGCCCGCAUUCGGCACAGCUGGGUCCAGACUGUCCUUGGCACGGAUACCCCCAUCUCCAAGGGGUGCAGAUAGCCAAGGCUCUUAGGCGCUGCCAGCACUCAGACCCCCCCCACCCCCGGAGCGGGGCGGGGGGUCCCCUUCCUGCGGUCAUCUUUGCACUUUGUUACUCUUUGACAGCAUUCAGAGACUUUUGUAUUUAGCUCCAGCCUGUACCAGUUCAUCAAAGGAAGCCAACCCGGACACAAACUGUGGCUGGAAGUCUACCUGCUACUCUAAGAUCCUUGGGUUGGUUGCUUUUUCUUUGAUUUUUCUUUUUUUCUCCUUUUUUUUUUUCUUUUUCUUUUCUUUUCUUUCU